CGGUGAUGAAGAGCGUCCGCUUUGGGGAGACCACCGUCGUUUCUGUUUCUCGCUGGAUAGAGAGGAAAGAGCAUGUGUUCCCCGCUCCGCCAAUGGCCAUGGGCUAUUUGCAGGGUUGGUCGGUCGCUGCUCUAAAGGAGCCCGAUGAAGAUGGCGAGGUCGACAAGUACACUACAUACUGGGGCUCUGACUCGUAUGUCAUGCUUACCUCGAACCAUGCCGAGGGGCCUUGUAACCGUGAGGGCUGCGCGUGGAAUUCCUUAGCCAGGAUCCAGGCUAGGCGUCCCAUGUGGAGUCCGGAGACGGUUUUCAAGGCGUGGCUCAAAAAAAGAGCGAUGAUUCGGGAAAGAGGAGGAUUCGCUCUUUGAAUGCCCCUUCCCCUUCCCAUGUCUUUCUUUCAUCCAUUGCGCUUGCCCCCCUUUUGUUCCCU